AUGGAAACCCAAAAAACUGAGAAACCAGGAGGAUUUAUGUCUUGAAUUUUUGGGGAUAGCCAAGCAAAAACUGUAAUUAGGAAAUCAAGAAGGAAAAAAAGGCUCACAAAGCCUCAGAUAAAACUGAAUGCAUUGAUGGAGGAAAUUAGUACUUAUAUCAUCAAUAACGCUGAAAACUCUAUUUCUGCUUCAAAUCAAGUGACUUCGAUCUCUCUUUCAAGUGAUGAUGCAAAUGUAUAUUUCGCUAGCAAUAAAGUUCGAUAAUUUUUUUUCUAAAAAAAACUAUAAAAAAUAUAAGCCAUUUUUCAUAGAAAAAAAUUGACCCAACAAUAAAGGAAGUGUGACUUGCUUUAAUUACGAAGAAUGCAAAAUAGUGAAUGACGUCAAUCUGCAUAUAAACUCAUUAAAUACUCUUAUUAUAGAUCACAACCUAAGCAGAGCCGUAAUUUGUGGAGAUAGUCCUAUUUUACGAGUUUAUACAAUCCCUGACUUUGAGCUAGAAUACGAAUUUAAAGGGCAUAGCGCUAAUAUUGCGAAAAUUUAUCUAAAUGAUGGCUUAUGCUAUUCAGGAGAUACAAGCGGGGUAAUCAAGCGAAUAAGCAUAAAAAGCUUGAAGCCUGAUAACCUUGUGAUCUCGAACCUUGGGAAUAUUACUGAUCUAGUAGUAAGCUACGACGAUUAUUGACUUUAUAUAAGUGGAGAUGGCUGUGUAAUUAAAGUUUACAACUUAAAUUCCAAAACUGAAGUUGCUCAGCUAAACCAUCAUUCUGCGACUGUAAUUUCGUUAGCAAUUGAUCCGAAUUCUGAAUAUUUAGCGUCUGGAGGUGCUGAUAAUAUACUUUUUUUUCUCAUAAAUAUGCAUUUAUUUUUUAUUUUUUAAAAAAAAUAAAAAUUCAUAAAAAAAAAUAUAUAACGUUUUGUUAUGAAAAAUCCCUGAAAAUGCCCUAGUGAAAAAACUUGGCCAGCAUGCCGCUCCAGUCAGAUCGCUAAGUUUUAGCCCAGAUGGCGCAUUUCUCGCUACAAGUUCUGAUGAUUUUUCUGUCAAAAUAUGAGACCUAGACCAAGAAAGACGAGAGCAAACCCUUUCAGGCCACAAAGGAGUAGUAAGAUCAGUAAUUUUUUCAGCUGACCGAAGCAAUAUUUUUUCUUGUGGAGACGACACUAUGUUUAAAGUCUGGAAAUUCCCUGUAUUCCAAGAAGAUUAUUUAUAUAAAGCAAGCUCCAGCACUGACUAUAACUCCGUCACCUUUGUCCCUGACACAAAAUCCCUCUUGUCCUGUGGGACUGAUAAAAUUGUCAGAAGAUGGGACAAAUGUGGAAACCCUACAAAUGAAUUUAUCACACAGGGCGCUGGAUUAAAAAUCUGUGUUUCCCAAGACGAAAAAUAUGGCGCUGUCGGGGAUGAGCUAGGGAUUCUUUAUCUUUUUAACCCAUUUACGUUCGAAAUUUAUCAUAAAAUCCAAGCUCAUAGAGGCUUGAUGAGAGAUUUGUGUUUUUCCCCAAAAAGUGACUAUUUGGUGACUGGAGGCGGGGACUCUGUAGUCUGCAUAUGGAAAUUGGAAGGGACUGAAAGUAUCCAGCUAAGAGGGCACAACCAAAGUAUCUGAUGCAUUUGUAUUAGCCAUAACGGAAAAAGAAUAUUCUAGGACUAUUAAAAUAAUAUUUAUUUAAUUAAAUAAAAAAGAGUGCAGAAUUAAUAGAGGAAAAUAUAUAUUCAGGAAGCAGCGAUAAAACAGUUAUAGAGUGGGAUACAGAAAAUGCUGUGGAGAAUGGAGUAAUUCAUGCACAAGAGCCUGUUAACUCUAUAGCAAUUUCUCAAGAUGAUAAUCUUAUUAUUACAGGAGGUAUGGUAGGGAUUGUAAAAGUGUGGAAUAUUGAUGAAAAAUGGCUUGAGUCAAAAUUUACUGUCCACGCAGGGGUUGUCACCCAGAUUUUGAUUUUAAGAAAUAACGACACUAUGCUGACUGCCGGCACUGAUGCUAAAAUUUUUGUGAUUUCUCUGCUGUAUCGUGAAACUGUGUCAUAUUUUACUCACAAAUCUCCUAUUUAUUCAUUAGUGAUUUCGUCAGAUGAAAAUUACCUUGCGACAGGUGAAAAGCAGCAUAUAAAUUUUCAAGAAAAUCCUUUAUCGUCCCAAGUCCUUUCUAUUGCAGGGCCUAUAGAAAAAAUUCAAGAAUACUUUUCAUAUAUGCGAGACAUCUUGACUGACAAGCACCCUACAUAUGAAAAUCUGCACGACAGUUUUCUUAUUUUGCCUUAUUACAUGAACACUCUUCACAUUUAUUCUCUGCUUAACCUUAAAGAAUAUAUUGGAAGAGCUCUCAGCAAUUCUGCAGCCAUCAUCAAGACCAACCAAGGCUUUUACCCUCUUUCUAUAGCUUUACACAAAGAUUUCAAAGGGCUGAGAGACGAGUUUGUCAAAUGUUUUUGUGCAGUCGGCAAGCACAACCCUUUUAUUUUACAAAUAGUCGAAAAUGAGCUCAAUAAAAUGAACAAGCAAGGCUUCGGAGCUUUAAACGACCUUUAUGAAGUGCUGUACCAAGAAACCCAAAGGAAAAGUCUGCCUAAGUUCUGUGAAACCUAUGUGGUUUUCCCUAUAACUUAUAUUUCAGACACCCCCAGAAUCAAAGUUUCUAACUUUUUUGAUGUGAACGACAUAAGCAACCAAGGGACUUCUAUGAUUUUCAAAGAAUGCUAUAUAAGGCUGAAUUUUACUAUGGGGUCAAGACAAAGCUUGGAUUUCUUACAAAGCUUGUCCCGCUGCAAAAAUAAUGAGGUCUUUAAGACUCCGCUGGUCCUUGAUGUAGUCCAUUAUAAAUGGCAAACUGCCCAAUACCCACUUAUGUACCAAGGCUUUAUGUAUUAUUCAUAUUUAAUUACACUGUCAGUUUAUACAGCUUAUUUUAUGGGAAAUCGAUAUUUUCAAUUGACACUAUUUAUUAUGAAUACAUUGCUGAAUGUGUUUGAGCUGUUUUUGAUGGCGGUUUCAGGGAAAUAUUAUUUUACAUAUGUAUGGAAUUAUGUGGAUUGGUUUAGAGGGUGCAUGCUUUUGCUUUAUGAGUAUAUGGAAUGAUAUUAUGUAUAUCCAGAGCUUAUGCCGUCUGUCUUUGCAAUAGUCACUUUUUUAAGCUGAGCCAGAGGGAUUGCGUAUUUUAGACUAUUUAAAACGACGCGAUAUUUUAUUAAUCUUUUGAUAAGCGUACUGAACGGAAUGUCAGGGUACAUCAUUUUGCUAUUUUAUUCAAUGGCUUCUUUUUGCUUUAUUUUCAUAGUGCUGCAAAGGAAAAUGGAGAUUCCUGAUUUAAUGGGAAAUGUAAGAACCUCUUAUAACUUGGUUUUCGGGAAUUUUGAUUUUGGGAACGAAUUAAUUGAGCUUACUGUAUGUACCUUAGGAAUUAUCAUUAACCCUAUCAUUAUGAUGACCAUCUUAAUUUCUAUUAUCACUGAUGUCUAUGAACAAGUGCAGUCUGAUUGCUUAUCUUCAGACGUCAAAGAAUUAAUUUUUUUAAAUAUAGAAGUAGAGAACCUUAUGUUUUGAAGACGCAGAAAAACACAUAAACAAUAUAUCCAGGUCGCCAAAGAAUAUGAAAAAGAAGAAGACUUGUCUUGGGAAGGCAAACUUACCCUGCUUAAAAAAUCCCUUGAAAAAUCCCACCAUAGUACCAUGCAGUUUUUUGGAGCUUUUAAUAAGAGGAUAAAAGACAGAGAAGAACUAAUGAGUCAAAACGCGAAAAAAACGCAAAAAAUAUUAGAACUGAUCAAAAAAGAGAAAGAAAAUAAGGAUAAUUAA